ACUAUUAAACACACACUUCUCACUGUUUCCGUACAACAGAAAAUUAAUAAGGAAAACUCUCAAAAUUUUCCAAUGCACAUUUGAUUUCCCGUCAUGAUGGAUGAAGAAGAGGACCACGAGAACCUGAUCCGUGCAGAAUCUCCGGUUCGCACGGCAUUUCAAAUUGACGACGUCAACGAUGAAAAUGCGAACAUUCGUCGUUUCAAUUUCAGCUUCUGUAAGUGGUAUUUCCUAGCAAUUAUUGUUCCAGUCUUCCUAAUCAUCCUUUUCUUCAACACCGACGUCAAUAACCUCUUCAAAACCGGAUUUACGAACGCUAAUUACGCUGAUUCCGUUAAUCACAUGCGCGACUCCGAAUUGAAGGCUCUAUAUCUGCUUAGACAGCAACAAUUAGGGCUCUUCAAGCUCUGGAACCACACAUUGCUUAAUAAUUCCUUCAAUGCCAACAAUAGUAAUUUUGAAGAAUUGAAAUGGGAUUUACUCAGUCAGAUUUCACUGAAUAAGCAAAUUCAGGAAGCACUUUUGUCGCCUCAUCAAUUAGGUAACGUGUUAAAUGUAUCGGAUAGUGCUACUGAUUCCAGUUUAGAUGGUUAUGGUGGUUUAUAUAGGUGUAGGAAGGUGGAUUAUAGAUUGUCUGAGAGGAGAACUAUUGAGUGGAAACCGAGGUUGGAUAAGUAUCUCUUUGCAAUAUGUGUGUCAGGGCAGAUGUCGAACCAUUUAAUAUGUUUGGAAAAGCAUAUGUUUUUUGCAGCUCUGCUUAACCGCGUUUUGAUCAUUCCUAGCUCAAGAGUAGAUUAUGAGUUUCAUCGAGUGUUGGAUAUCGAUCAUAUCAACAAAUGCUUGGGGAGGAAAGUGGUUGUGACAUUUGAGGAAUUUGCAAAAAGUCGAAAGGGUCAUAUGCACAUAGAUAAAUUCAUUUGCUAUUUCUCUCAGCCGCAGCCUUGUUUUCUGGAUGAAGAACGUGUUAAGAAGUUGAAGUCGUUAGGGGUUUCUAUGAAUAAGCUUGAAGCUGCUUGGGAGGAGGAUGUUAAGAACCCCAAGCCAAGGACUGUCCAAGACGUCGAGGCAAAGUUUUCUUUGGAUGAUGAUGUUAUUGCGAUCGGUGAUGUAUUUUUUGCUGAUGUGGAAAAGAAAUGGGUAAUGCAACCUGGUGGCCCCGUUUCGCACGGAUGCAAGACUCUCGUUGAGCCAAGUCGUCUUAUUUUGCUCACUGCCCAACGUUUCAUCCAAACAUUUUUGGGAGAGAACUUUAUCGCUCUUCAUUUCCGCAGACAUGGUUUCUUAAAGUUCUGCAAUGCCAAAAACACUAGUUGCUUCUAUCCUGUUCCGCAAGCAGCGAAUUGUAUCAAUCGUGUGGUUGAAAGGGAAAUUGCCCCAGUAAUUUAUCUUUCCACCGAUGCUGCAGACAGUGAAACUGGUGUACUUCAGUCACUUGUUGUUGUUAAUGGGAAAACUGUGCCGCUUGUUAGAAGGCCUGCUCGAAAUUCAGCUGAGAAAUGGGAUGCUUUAUUGUACAGACAUGGCCUUGAAGGAGAUCGUCAGGUGGAAGCUAUGUUGGACAAGACCAUUUGUGCUCUGUCUGACGUGUUUAUUGGAUCAAUGGGCUCUACUUUCACGGAAGAUAUUUUUCGGCUUCGGAAGGGCUGGGGAUCAGCAUCAGUUUGUGAUGAGUAUUUAUGCCAGGGUGAAGUUCCGAACUUCAUUGCAGACGAUGAAUGAGUCUGAUUAACUGUUGAGAUUUUCUUGUAAUCGGGCAACACGUUCUACUACUGAGAAGAACCUAGAAGCCUCCCUAACAAGUUACCAUUCCUGAGUUGAUUGCCCUAGUUACUGGAUACAUGAAAGAAUGGGCUAAUUUAACAGUGAUUUCUGUCAAUAUCAAGGGUGUUCCGGAGUUCGGUUGCUGUCUCGUUGCCGCAGAAGGGCAUGCUCACCUGAUUCUUUUGAUCUGUGUGAUUUCUAGUGUAUUUAUAUUAGCUUAGGGGAAAGCGGCAUUCAAAUUGACCAUGUAGUUCUGUUAGUGGAAUAGAAUGAUUUAGUUCGUUCUUAUGCAUUUGUAGUUUACCAGUGUACAAAAUCCAUACUUAACAUUACCUCACAUGUUCAAUCCUACAAAUAUUUAACCAAGUAGUGAAUUUUUCCUUUCUGAGGAAAAAAUAUUAUAGUUACAACUUACAAUUGUAAUGGGAAAAUACGAAAUAGUCGAAUCAAAGAGGAAAAUGUUAUAAAUA